AUGAGGGACUCUAGGAGGGCAUCGUUGAUCUGCCACGGGCCGACCAACACCGAUGACUGGAGCUCGGAAACACUCGUCAUGAUCAAAGAACCGCAUUCCCACGGCAGCAAGUGCAACGACGACAUGAUGGAGUUCAUCGCAACCCAGGAUGAACUCAACUAUCUGCAGGCCUUUGCAGACGGCGUCGGCGUGUGGAUGGACUCGCUCAACAGCGGCAACCACUUCACGCAGGUGAUCCCGUGGCACGCACUUAGGUCGUCCGUCCUCCUCAACUCCCUCAUGGCGUGCGGAGCAAAGCAUCUCUCCCUCAGCAAGCCCGAGUUGGAAGACAGGGCCACGGGGCUCUACAACACGGCCACGGCGCAGCUCGUGCGGAUGCUUCAGAACCCGGAACGCAACAUUGUCGACUGCACCACGGCAUCCAUCUUGCUCAACGCGUAUGAGGCCAUGUCGCACAAGCCCAUGCACAAAAUGAGCCACAUGGUCGGGGCAAGAGCCCUCAUCCGAGAGUGUGGAUGGAAUGCCGCGAGCACAGGCAUCCCGGCUUCUUGCUUUUGGCUCAGCAUCGGCAUGGAGGUUCUGUCCUGCCUGUCCAUGAACUGGAUGGUCACUUGGCACCCCGACGACUGGGGACUCGAUUUGGAUUGGAGCCACGACAACGACCUGGGCGACGGCGACGGCAACGGCGACGGCGACUCCCAGACGUGGGUUCACAGAUCCUUCUACAUACUGGCCAAAGUGGUCAACUUCCGGGCAACGUCGUUGACGUACCAUUCCUCAGAUCCGCACAAACACCAAUCCAGGUUGUCGGACCGGCUCACGGAGUGGCAGGCGCUGAAGCAGCUCUGCGAUGACUGGAACAACUGCAGCCCGAGGUCCAUGCGGCCAGUGGGCUACUUGGCCAGGAGUGGUUCGAGCGAGCCGUCGGUGUUUCCGAAAUUCUGGCUGGCGCAAACGUCGGCAAUGUUGGGCAGGAUAUUCUAUCACACAGCGCAGUGUGUUCUGGCCCAAGUGAACCCGAUAGAAUCGUCGGAGCAGUCGCCGGAAAUGAAGGAACUCCAGCUGCAUCAUGCUCGCCAGGUCAUGGGGAUCGUGGCAAGUGAUCGUGACCGGAGCGUCAUGACAAUCGCUUUUCAGGCAGUCGACGUCGCCUUUUUGUCACUGGUAAGCCCAAAGGAACGAGAAGAGGCCUCUUCCAUCAUUCACCAAGCCCAGACAAGCGGCCACGGAGCCGGCUUGGAUCCGCACAGAACGACGCGACAGCGGCCCUUGGCAGUAACGGACUUGUCACAGCGAGAGUCCGUCUCGGCGCUUUCGUUGCCGUUUGAGCAGUCCUGGUUUAGGGCCGCAAACAUGUCGAAUUGCGCGUCAUGGGAAUUUGGAAACCAACAGGACGGAAGUGAACCGCCGCCGGUUGACAACCCUCUCGAGUCUGCCUAUUUUGGUCACGUAAAUCAACCAUACAAAACAUGGCAUCAACCGGUAUGUGGGAACGGGCUCGAAGCAUUCAGUUUCGGCAUGUAA